UUCAAGUUGCAUAUCUGUCCAAGUCGCCGCUGCCGUCCGAUCACCUUUCAGCGGGUGUUGACGCGCGAGGUUCCAAAUUUUAUACUUAGGGUUUCCAUUUUUACAAAGGGGCAAUUGGACAAUUCAUAUAUCCAUUUGUCUAAAAAAAAAGAGAAGUUUAAAUUGAAAGCUCAUCUAACAUGGCAAUUUCCCGACCCAAUAGCUUUUUUUUAUAAUCAAGAAGAAUUGGACAUUCAACUACGUGUCAUUCUUCGUCUGCGGUCUUCCGAAUGAGCAAGCAGAGUGUCAAUCUACUAAGGUUAACUUUGAAUUAGUUGAUAAUUGAUUGAUUUCAGAGGAUCCCAAGACUUCACCAUUUGCUAUAAAUCUCACUCUCGACCUGGAAGCUGCAAUUUUUUUUUUUUAAUUCGUGAUUCUGUGCCUAAAGGACUAGCAAAGCUAAUCCAAAAUGCCUCAAGUAAAGAUCAUAGCGAAGAAUUUUAUGGACAUGGUGGCCUCCUUGCCCGCCAUGAAGCUCGAUCAACUCUAUGAGAAUGCAUUCAUCUGCGAAGCCAUUCUCAGGUCACUUCCGCCACUGGCUAAGAAGUUUGUUUUACAAAUGUUAUACAUUGAUGCUCCAGUUUCAGCCAAGUCCAUGGAGGAGUGGGUGCUCCCAGAUGGAGUCUCAAAGUAUAAGGUUGCUGUUGAUCGAUUGAUUCAAUUGAGAGUAUUCAUUGAGACUGCAGAUAGGAAAAGAGAAACAACCUACCGGCUAAAUCCAACUUUCCAAGCAAACCUCCAAAAGCUUUUAAUACAUGGUGAAGUUCUAGCCAGAGAACCGAUGCCUUCUAAUAUAACCGUGAGGCUUCCAAGUUUGGAAGAUCUCGAGGCUUAUGCUCUGGAUCAGUGGGAGUGCUUCUUGCUGCAAUUGAUAAACUCGGGCCAAGCAGAGAAGCCAUCAAAUAUUAGUUCUUCUGUGAUGAAAGUUUUCCAGAAAGGCCUUUUAAGUCAGAGGGAUAAAGAAGCUCCACGAUUAACUGAGAGUGGUUUCCAGUUCUUGUUGAUGGAAACAAAUGCACAACUUUGGUAUAUCAUCCGAGAAUAUAUAUCUAACGCUGAGGAGCGAGGUGUGGAUCCUGCAGAUUUGAUUUCUUUUCUGCUAGAGCUUAGUUUUCACGUCACAGGAGAGGCUUAUGAUAUUGAUACACUGUCAGAUGAACAGAGGUAUGCUAUCAAGGACCUUGCUGAUCUGGGACUAGUUAAGCUUCAGCAGGGUAGAAAAGAGAGUUGGUUCAUACCUACUAAAUUAGCCACAAAUCUUUCAAUGAGUUUGGCAGAUUCCUCUUCAAGGAAACAAGGAUUUGUUGUUGUGGAGACAAAUUUCAGGAUGUAUGCUUAUUCUUCUUCCAAACUACAUUGUGAAAUAUUACGUCUUUUUUCAAGGAUUGAGUAUCAACUUCCAAAUCUUAUAGUUGGAGCAAUAACGAAAGAAAGCUUGUAUAAUGCUUUUAAGAAUGGGAUUACAGCUGAGCAGGCAAUUACUUUUCUACAACAGAAUGCACAUCCUCGUGUUGCAGAGAGAAUACCAUCAGUACCUGAAAAUGUCACAGAUCAGAUUAGGUUAUGGGAAUCAGAUCUUAAUAGGGUUGAUAUUACUCCCGCACAUUUUUACGAUGAAUUUCCUUCCAGGGAAGUUUUCGAGGCUGCUUGCGAUUAUGCACGAGAGUGGAAUGGGUUGCUAUGGGAGGAUUCAAAAAACUUGCGACUGGUAGUGAAGGCAGACAUACACACACAUAUGCGAGAACAUCUUCGGCGUCAAAAGUAGAUUGCGAAGAGAUGAUACAACACCGCUGCCAAGAAAUGUUUAUAACCACUCUGGCACUUCCGUUUUUGUUGCUUAGUGGCAUGACCUAAAAGAUUUACUUCGUUAAGGACGGUGAAGAGAACGGAUUGAAAGUUUUUGGUGGGAUUGGGAGGAAGGAAUAUUGUGCCGAUGACAAUGGUUUUUGUUACUAUGUACAUUUUUGAAGUCGGUUCCCCUUCGUGGACUAUAUGAUACGCAAGUUUUGUUAGGUUGAUUUCCCUCUGACAAUCAACUUUUGGGUAUAGUUGGAUACAAAUGUGUUACUAAUCAAGAGAUUUGUGGUCAAAAUUCUUUAAUCUUAUUGUAUCACUACUUGGAUUAAAAAAUAAAAAGAAGAAAAGAAAUUAUGGA